GUCUGGUGCAUGGCCCCCCCUUUACAAUGCUGCCCCCCCCCCACUUCCUGAAUCCCAAAGGACCCCGGGAUUUGGGGGGGAUCCCAGCAUGGAUGAGGGGCCAGAGGCAGGUGACGGCCGUCAGACCCCCCCCGGCCAUGUGGGGGGGCCCAUGGGGGGGGCAGCGGAGCCUGAGCCCCCCCCCAAAGCCUUAGGAGAGGAAGAGGAGGAGGAGGAAGAGCUGGAUCCAAGGAUACAGGAGGAGCUGGAGCAUCUCAACCAGGCCAAUGAGGAGAUCAACCGGGUGGAGCUGCAGCUGGAUGAAGCGCGCACCGCCUACCGCCGCAUCCUCUCCGAAUCCGCCCGCAAGCUCAACGCCCAAGGCUCCCAACUGGGCACCUGCAUCGACAAGGCCCGGCCCUAUUACGAAGCGCGGCGCUUGGCCAAGGAGGCGCAACAGGAGACGCAGAAGGCAGCGCUGCGGUACGAGCGCGCCGUCAGCAUGCACAACGCGGCGCGGGAGAUGGUGUUCGUGGCGGAGCAGGGGGUGAUGGCCGACAGGAACCGGCUGGAUCCUACCUGGCAGGAGAUGCUCAACCAUGCCACGGGGAAGGUGAACGAGGCGGAGGAGGAGCGCCUGCGGAGCGAGCGCGAGCACCAGCGGGUGACCGGGCUGUGCCGCGAGGCCGAGGCGCGCGUGCAGGCGCUGCACAAGAGCCUGCGCAGAGCCAUCCUCAAGAGCAAGCCCUACUUCGAGCUCAAGGCCCAGUUCAACCAGAUCCUUGAGGAACACAAGGCCAAGGUGACAGCGCUGGAGGUGCUGGUAUCCCAAGCCAAGACCCGUUACUCAGUGGCCUUGAGGAACCUGGAGGAGAUCAGUGAGCAGAUCCAUGCCUGGCGCCUCCAACGCCUCCUCCGGCGCCGCGCGUCACCCGUGGGUGCCGAAGCGAGCCCCCGGCACCCCAUAACCGAAGGCGACGGCACCCAUGGCACCCACUUAGGGGUCGAAGGGGCCUCGGGGGACACUCUGUCGGUGCUGAGCCUCCAGACCAUAGCCUCGGACCUGCAGAAGUUUGACUCGGUUGAGCAUCUCAUGGGGCUCUCUGAUGCCACCAGCCUCAAUAGUGAGGAGAUGGAGGAGCGCGAGCGCCGGCGGCACCGGGGUGGGCAAGGGCACUGCAAGCAUCAUCGGAGCGUCAGCCUUUAGCGCCCCAUAGCGCCCCAUAGAACCCACGUCCCACAUGGGAGCACCCCAAGGAGACCGCGAGGGCUUCGUCUUCUCCAUAGGGUGAAGGGUGGAGGUACUAAGAAGACCUUGAGGGCUUCAUCUUCUCCAUGGGGUGAACAUUGGAGAUACCUAAGAAGACCAAGGGGCCUUCAUCCUCCCCAUAGGGUGAAGGUUGGAGAUACUAAGAAGACCUUGAGGGCUUCAUCUUCCCCAUAGGGUGAAGGUUGGAGAUACUAAGACCUUAAGGGCUACGUCUUCUCCAUGGGGUGAACAUUGGAGGUACCCAAGACCAUGGGGGCUUCAACUUCCCCAUAGGGUGAACAUUGGAGGAACCUAAGAAGACCUCGAGGGCUUCAUCCUCCCCAUAGGUGAACAUUGGAGCUGGUGGCACCACUCUUGGAAGCCUCUUCUUGACCAAGGCAAGGCCUAAAGCCACCCAGGAGCACCCCAAGAAGACCUUGAGGGCUUCAUCCUCCCCAUAGGAACCAUGGGGUGGAGGUUGGAGGUACCCAAGAAGACCUUGAGGGUUUCAGCCUCCCCAUAGGGGCCAUGGGGUGGCUUCAACCUCCCCAUAGGAGCCAUGGGGUGAAGGUUGGAGCUGGUGGCACCACUCUUGGAAGCUUCUCCUUGACCAUGGAGUGUGUGGGAUGUGUGUGUGGGGGGUGUGUGGGUCCAUCUGCUCCCCCAUAGUGAUGCUGGGAUCCAUAUCCCAUGGAAUUCCCACUUCCUAUUCCCACUGUUGGGAUCUGGGCUGGCUGUGAUGAGAACCCCCCCAGGUUCGAGGCAGCCCCCCCGGGGGGGGUCAUUCCCAGUGUAUAUUCCAAUGAGUAAAUGGAUAUUCCCAGCCUA